CUACUCGCGAGGAUCUCGACUCCAUUAAUCCGGACCAACGGGGGCGGUUUUUGGCGUUGGCUGAAUGGAACCGAACAAGCAACAUUCGAAAAGGGGAUCACGUUUGCGGCCAGCAUUCUGUAUACAAGUGAAUUUGGAGUCGAUUUAAUUUUAGCUCCGGUCGGAAUAAAUAGGAUUAGGACACCAGGUCCCGUUAGAGUUUAAAGAAGACAGUGAACGGGACAACUUGCUGAAAAGAAGUCGCUAUAGACGAGUGUGAAGUAAAUUAUUGAAACGAUUCUAGGCGAAUUACAAGAAGAGCAGAAAAUAAUUAGAUUUUCUGUAAGUGAAGGAAACGUGGAGAAUUUUUAAUAGCAUAAUAAAAAGGAUAUCGAUUUAUUGCUUCUUCAUAUUGAUUCUGAAUUUCGCUGUACGCUGCCGACGAUUCCCGGGACCUAAACGGACCACAUGUCUAUCCAAUGCCACCGGACGGUGUAAGUGUCAGUGACACCGGAUAGCAGUGAAUUCUGUGUCGCAGUUUUUUCCCAGCCACACCACAGCAUCGAAAAAUGAAUGCGAAUGUGCGACUAGUUUUGUACGUUUUGCGCACGUUGGCAGCACUGCGAUGGCUACCGUGUCUGACGGCCUUCCACAUUCCGGUUACGACGACUACGGGGGUUCAAACACUAAGUAACUUACUGGCGGUACCUCCGCUGCCUUCAGGUCACCAAAUACCGGUAGGUGUCCGACCAGCACCUCCUCCAGCCCAGUUUCUCGUUCCCCCCAGUCCUAUCAACUCGUCGACCGUCGCUGCCAUGGAUCGAAUAGAUCGCCGAUAUCACAAAGCACGCAAGGUCAUCCACAAAUAUCCCGUGCGGUAUCACUAUCCGAGCAGAAGGCGUCAUCCAAAAUAUCCCAAACUAUACAGCGAGUACACGGCCUGGUCCCACUGUGAUCCGUUUUGCAAACAACGCCGGGAACGGUACUGCCUAGUGCACUCCAAGUGUGGGCUGCACGUCCACACCGAGGAACGGCCUUGUCAUCCCAAAUUGUGCGCACCGCUGAGGAUCCCCGCUUCCUACACCAGCUACCAGCAUAUCCCACUGCACAAAUACUCGGUGGUGGGUGUAGAUUCCCUCUGGCCCAAGAAGAAAAAGGGAAUAAUUGUGGCCGAUGACGAUUUUGAUGAUGAUUAUUGGGACGAGGACGACGAUGACACCGAGUACGUGAUCAUAAAGAAGAAACCGAAACACAAACGGAAACGCACCCGCAUCAUUUACCAGCGCCGAGAGGAAAACCUCCCGAAAAACCAUCGUCCACAGUACGAGCCAGAGCCGGAAAAGCUCGAGAAUCUGUCCGAGCAGAGAGUGCAAAACCAGCGAAAACCACUGAAGGUAGUUCUGGAUGACUUCGAUGAUAAGAAAAUUUUCAGCCCAAGUCCGCACUAUGAUCAAUAUACACCCAAUACGGUGCAGAACUUCCACCGAAAGCCAUAUACGGCCGUGGCCAAACGAAAACCCACCAGGUUGAUGGAUUACUUCGAAGAUUACUACGACGGUUUGUACCGAGAUGGAACGGGUUUCGGUAAUCGUAGGAACAAUCUGUACGAUUCGAAUGGGUUCUACCCCAUUAGUGAAGGAUUGGUAGCUAACAGUGACAAUAGCACUUCCACUAGCAAUGAAUCCUCGACGGCUAAUUUCGAUCGAUUGAUGGAAUCAUUCCCAACUGAGAAUCCACUGAAGGAGGGUAAUACCAUCCAUCAUGCAAAACGUGAAGUAAGCAAUGAUUUAGACGAUUUCGAUGAUGAGUUAGAUGACUCAUCAGAAGAGGAUUUAGCCGCUAAUAACACACUGCUCGACAGGGAUGUUGAUGGUAAAAAGUACCCUGGACGAAAUUUAUUGAAAUUAGGAGUGACUACCCAGAAAAAAGCUCGGGAAAAGGCUGUCUUUGAAAUGCCCCGAAAGGUAGACAAUCCCUAUUCCAAGUGGAGUCGAUGGUCUAAGUGCACCGCUAAGUGUACAACCCGACGAUUCAAACGAUGUAAGGUACCAGCGAUUUGCGGCAACGACAUCAUCCGAGAAGUGGCUUACUGCUACACCGAGGGUAGCUUCUGCGAAGAAUGGAUUGGCAAUCAGCUGUACCAGAACAACAAGGGACCACCUUCAACGACAACUAUCACAACAACAACGACCACCACCACCACCCCAACACCGAAAACCACUAAGCCUUCACGGAAUCACCUACUAUCACAGCAUCAUCAAUCGGCUCGCAGUCGUAGCGAUGUUCAGGAUAACUCGAUAGCCCAACAAUCUUUUGGCAGUCGCAGGGGAGUUUUGCAAUCGGAAUAUAUGCCCCAAGAAAUGGCCUGUGGACUUCCGAUGGUUCGAAACAAACCGAAAAAGUAUCUCUACAAUAUGCUGAGGAUCAUUGGUGGAAAAGCGUCACGGCGGGGGCAGUGGCCCUGGCAGGUGGCCAUUCUUAAUAGAUUCAAGGAAGCGUUUUGCGGUGGAACAUUGGUUGCCCCUCGCUGGAUUCUGACGGCAGCUCACUGUGUCCGAAAGCGCCUCUAUGUACGCCUUGGGGAACACAAUCUGCAACAGUCGGACGGCACCGAGAUGGAGUUUCGUGUUGAGUCUAGCAUUAAACAUCCGCGGUACGACAAAAAAACGGUGGAUAACGAUGUAGCUCUUCUUCGGCUACCACGGGAUGUCGAACGGUCCAACUUCGUGGGGUACGCUUGUUUACCGGAACGAUACCAGUCGCUCCCGAUUGGACAUACCUGCACCAUUAUCGGUUGGGGUAAGAAACGCCACAGUGACGAUGCCGGGACGGACGUCCUACACGAGGCGGAGGUGCCGAUAAUCACCAACGACAAGUGCCGGGCAGUGUAUCACGACUACACCAUCACGAAGAACAUGUUCUGUGCCGGUCACAAACGGGGUCGGGUAGAUACCUGCGCCGGUGACUCCGGUGGACCGUUGCUCUGCCGGGACACCACAAAGGUAAACAGUCCGUGGACGAUCUUCGGUAUCACCAGUUUCGGCGAUGGUUGUGGGAAAAAGAAUAAGUUCGGUAUCUACACCAAGCUGCCGAACUACGUAGACUGGGUCUGGUCAGUGAUAAAUUGCGACGGAAACUGUCGGACAUGAGCGCGAGGCCGAAUGCUGAUGGGGGAGCGAAUGAUCCCGUUGUUGAGGGCGCGUGUGGGGCCUGGUGAAACGAUUUCAAUCGAUUAUCUGUAUAAAUAAGGUGCUUCCGCAAACCAAUCUUCCAAUCGCGUAUUUAUUGAGCUUCCGGAUUUGUUGAGAAGAAACGCACAAAGCUUAAAUUUGAAUGUAGGUAUUUAUUCUAAUUACUGUGUAUAGUAUUUUUACGAACAAAUAU